GACAAUUCCCACCAUGAGCAGUUUGUGAAAGAGUUGCAGAAGAUGCCUCUGGGAACCUGUUGAAGGUUUAUGCCCGCCUUCCGCAGCCUGGUGUUCUGCAAACAUUUUGGACUACGGUUCCCAUCAGGCUGUGCUGGCUGAGGUUGAUGGGAGCUGUAGCCCAAUACAUCUGUAGUGCCACCGGGCAGAGGAAGGCUGCUUUACAUUAGUAAAUCAGCAGUUAUCUGGUUGCUACAUCAGGUCCACAAGGAAUAUAACGGCCGGCUGACAGAAGCAGACAUGCUAGAAAGGCACAUCAUCCAGGCAAGGGCCCGAGCCGCAGUGGAAGAGGAAAGGAUCGUGAACUUAUAUCAAAUGGAGAUUCCAGAGAACUACUCUCAUAUUAAAAUGCCACCAGUGAGAUCUACCUUCAGAUGGUGUGUGGAUAGCAAGCUUCUUAAAGACCAUAAUUUAAUCUGCCCCGAAGAUUAUAUCACGGAUCCAGAAAUAAUUUCCCGAGCACCUAAAGAUUCAUCUGAGCCUGGCUACUUGCAAGAGAUACUUAGCUUCAAACAGCAUAUAUCUGACAAAGCAAAUUCUCCUGCACUUGGGGAAAGCCAGCGUGUUAACAAGAUUCUGGAAAAUCUACCAGAAGUAUCGUUAUCCAGCAUUACGUUUGAGUCUUCACCUUCUGCUAUUUCGGAUAAAUUGAAGAAAACGCUUUCUAAGAAGAAGGAUAGCCCCUCGCAAAAACCAACUUGGAAGAAUGACAUGACCAGACCCGAACGACAAAAAGACCGUGCUUACCUCCAGAGGCUGGAGGACCGCCACAACUUCCUGAAGAACCCCCGCUUUUUCCCGCCUAACUCUCUUUGUGGCGGCAAGUCCUUGAUCUUGCCUCAGAAGAAGGUGCAGCGAAUGAUCGCAGGAAAGAAAAGGACCAUGGUGGAAAGCGACUCCCAGUCUGUGCCUGUCUUUCUAGCAAACCCGCCGGCUGUUGUGUUUUCUUAUUAUGAAGUUGGGCAGGUUUAUGAGAUGACCAUAGAGUUACAGAACAUGACUUCAACAUCUCAGUGUCUUAGAAUAAUUCCUCCAGCUACCUCUGCCUUUUCCAUUGGGCUAGGACAAUUUCCAGGCAAAGGAGGACUUGUCGCCCCCGGAAUGAGUUGCUACUACGUGGUCCAGUUUAUUCCAGAAUACCUGUCAGAUUACAAGGAUUACAUACUAGUAGAGUCGCAAACCACCUACCCGCUGCUGGUCCCUUUGGAAGGACGAAGGCCACCUCCCAUCUUAACGUUGCCUCACAUUUUGGACUGUGGGCCUUGCCUUGUGGGCGGAGUGAAAUUUACAGAAUUCCUGUGCAAAAAUGAAGGGUCCAGCAUUGGGAAGUUCUGCAUAAUGCCAAAGCAUCUCUGGCCACCUCCUAACUUCCGGGCCGUUGCCACUUUAGGUUACGUGGAGCAAGAGCCGUUCGGGAUCCGACCUGCCGUUUUUGAGCUACCUCCAGGCCAGUCUACUCUAAUUGAGGUUGUGUUCAUGCCCACUUUGCCCGAAGUGGUGUCAGUGAAGUAUAUCCUCGUUUGCGACAAUUGCCAAAUCAACGACCUUACUGUGACAGGACUUGGGCAGCUGAUAGCUCUGCAGCUUUUGUCUGUUACUGGAGGAGAAAGCAGCCCUGUGCCCGGCGAGCUUGUCGAUGUGACAGCGCAACACCUUGUGCGCUUUGGUUCUUUGAACCUCAAAUCUAAGGCAGAGAAAACUCUGGUUCUAAGAAAUCUGACCCACGUGGAUUUCCCUUUUUUCUGGCAGAUAAUGAAGCCUAAUCUGCAGGCAUCAAUGUUGGAAGGAAAAGCGGACCUUACAAAGAUAAAGUACAACUUGGAGACGGAAUCUGCUUUCUCUGUGACUCCUGCCUCGGGGGUUCUGCGCCCCCAUACCAAUCACUCGUUUACUCUCUCUUACCUUCCAAAGGAGCCAAAGUCGUAUCACAGCGUGCUUCAGAUUGUGCUGGAAGAUAUCCCAGAGCUACCUGACCCUCAAAAACGGGAGCAGUACGACAGCGGAGAAAGGCGUCAAGAAGACGUGAUUGCUUUGGAAAUAGACGUCAAAGGCGAUACGGAACCCUUCCAGCUCCUUUUGGAGCCCUAUGCCAUGAUCAUCCCAGGAGAAAACUACAUUGGUGUAAAUGUUAGGAGAACAUUUAGCAUGUACAAUAACAGCAAAUCAUCCAUCAGGUUUACAUGGGAGAAAAUAAGUGAUUGCGACAUAGUUGAAGUUGAACCUUAUUCCGGAAAAUUAGGGGUAAAUGAAUUCCAAGAGUUUGAGUUCACCAUUACCGGAGGGAAACCUGGGCAUUCCUGCCAUGAUCUGCGGUGCAAAAUCACUCACUCCAAAGAUCCCGUGAUACUGCACGUGGAAGCCGACUUUAAGGGACCUGUUCUUUCCAUUGACGUCCCAUCCUUUGACCUGGGCCUGCUUAAACUAGGAGAAAAAGCGCGGUUCACGUUUCAGAUAGAAAAUCUAAGUCAGCUGCCAGGGAAGUGGAAAAUUCAGGAAAGCCCUGCUUGCUUAGCAGAAAGAAAUGAAGAGACCUCUCCGUUCAAAGUUCAGCCACGUAGUGGAGAAUUGUAUCCUCUUGGCAAGUGCAAGGUCUCUGUUUUGUUUACAUCAUACAUGUGUCAACGUCUUCAGACCGUGUUAGAGAUGGAGGUGGAAAAUGGAGUUGGAAGUCACAUCCUUGUUUUUGUGGAAGUCCAGACUCCCCACGUCUGCCUGCUGUCGAGUCAUUUGCAUUUUGACCUCUCAGUUGGAAUCCCCGCAGAAGCAGCCGUUCAUCUUUUUAACCAGACGCUGCUCCCAUCGCGCUUCCAGUGGGGCGAGCUCCUUGGAAGCCAAGCUUCUUCCUGCGAGCUCAGCAUCUCUCCGGAAAGUGGCACUUUGGGUCCCAACGAAACGAAGGAAUUGCGCGUGGUGAUAACUACUAAUGUUAAGGAGAAACUGAGUAACCUUGCCCUGUGCUGUAGCAUUGAAGACAUGUUGGAUCCCCUAUUUCUGGCAAUUUCUGGUGAAGUUAAGGGGCUCAGAAUCACCUACUCCAUACCUUCUGACAGUGUUGAGGAGCAAAAUUCGGAUUCUUCUCAAGAUCUGAUGCUAGACUUCGGCUCGGAAGUAGCAUUGAAAAGUGUGAUAAAACACCAGCUAAUAAUUACCAAUCACUCUGAGUUAGCUGCUCUGUUCUCAGUAGGGGUUGAGUAUUUCAGCCAACCAGGUCCACUUCCCUCAGAUGAACAGGAACAAGAUGGAUCCUCCAAAGCUGUUGUGGAAACCCCAAGACGAAUAACGAGGCAGGCCGCAAAGAGGAAACAAUCAGCCUUCAGAGCUGCCAUGCUGUCUCACGGAAAGGGAGUGACUUUCCACGUACACCCCUCUGUGGGGAUCCUGAAGGCCUUCGAGGAGCUUGUGGUCAAUAUAACGGCUUAUAACAACAUGUGGGGGCAAUACCACGACACCCUCAUCUGUAAGGUGGGGGAAUCAGAGCCGAUGUUGAUCCCCAUCCAAAUGACUGUGAAAGGCUGCCCAAUCUUCUUGCAGAUGACUGGACCCAGCCAUCCAAUGCCCACGCCUGUAAUCCGGUUUGGGGCCCACAUCUCUGGAGGGGAUACAGUCUCGCGGUACGUCCGGCUCAACAACCCCACUCCCUUUGACAUUCGAAUGGACUGGGAAAGUUAUAACCAGGAUAAAGAUGACGACAAGCUGGUGGACCUCUUGGUCUUCUACGGAGCUCCUUUUCCCGUUAGAGACAUCGACGGCAAUGAGAUUGAAGUCCUCUGGGAGACUGAAACACCUCCAGAGAAAGUGGAUUGCACUGACGGAUCUCUCAAGGAGAAACCGAGUCUGGGUGCAAUUUUGGAGUACGACGAAGGAGGAAGCAGUAGCAGCAACAGCGAUGAUGACACUUGGCAACCGACCGUCCUCAAGAAAAUAAUCUCAGUGGUAAUCCGGCCCCACGAGGGAGUGCCCUCUGACUACCCUUUCUGCAUCACUCCCAAGCAAGUGGUGGUCCCCGCAGGUGGUGCUUCUGCCAUCCACAUUUCCUUCACUCCGCUGAUGCUGCCAGAGAUCAUCAAUAAGUUUGAAUGCGAAGGUUUUGCCCUUGGCUUCAUGAGCCUGGAUAGCAGGAUGAUUCGGAACGUCCCUGGGAAAGUAACUCGGGGAGACGGCUAUGCCGUCGCGCCUCUGCGGAUUGACCUGCAAGCCUUUGUCAAGCCUGCUUUGCUAACUGCCGAGAUGGAUCAUGAGAGCGGAUUGGUGUUUCACGCUCUGGCCAGUGCCCUUAUCCCCAAUGAGCCCCUCAUGGGCGUACUGACACAGUCAGCCACAACCCUCAACCUGAAGCUCACCAACAACACAGAGACUCCUCUGUCCUUCAAGCUGGUUUUGACGACGCCCUUCUCCGUGUCUGGCGUGGACCCCAAGAAGAACCUGAAGAUCCCCCCCAGUGACAGUGAAGACGGGGGGCAGCACCUUUUACUCUAUCCUCUGGAAAAUAUGCUGGUAAAGGUGUCAUUCCUUACAUCCCUGGAGUUACUAACCUACCAACAUCUCCCGGAAGACCAGUUCCUGCCUGGGCUUCAAGUGCUACAGCUUGAAAACGGAGACAAAAUACUAGAGUUUAAGCAAAAUCUCGUCAUUGAAUACAGUAACAAAGCAACCCAGGCAUUGCCCAUGGCUGCAUACCUCACUGUCCCAGUACUUGGGCUCUCUUGUGACACUAUUGAUUUUGAAACCUGCCUCGUUAAUCAAACGAGGUCCGAAGCUGUCCUUGUGAUGAAUACAAGCGGAUGCAGAAGCUACUGGACAGCUUUGCUGGAUAAAAAUGAGCGGCACAAAGAACCUGAAGUGUUUUCCAUCUCCCCAAAUAAUGGCAUUCUUGAAGCACAUCAAAGUAGUGUUCCUACCAAAACACUUCUGGUGGUUCGCUUCACCCCAAGGGAGGAUGUGGAAUAUCAAACCGUAAUCACAGUUGUUGGUAUGCUGGGAGAGGCACCCUGCCUGCUCUACGUCCGGGGAACAGGAUCUUACGAUGAGAAGUAUGAAGAAAUGCGCAAAACGUAAAGCGCCCAACCAGUUUUCCAGUUGCCACAAGUGGCUGUAAGUAGGUUUACCUGGUUUUGGAGAUGUAUAGUAGAAAAUAAAAAGCCAUUAUUUCUGUUGACUUGAGUGUGAAGGCUUGAUUAAGAAGCUGAGCCAUCAAAUUUAAAAUAGAAUGUUAACACGAUCCUAAGAGAGGUGAGCUAGUGCAUUUUUAAAAAUCAGGACUAGAAAACAGGAGUUAUUAGAAAACUUUAUUAUUUAGUUGCUAUUAAAGGCUCAAGUUCUGACACUAGGUGUCUUGCAAAGGCAGCCAUACUGAGGUUUUCAUUAAUGAAAUUUAAUUAAUUGGUUAAAAUCCUUAAUGAUCAGUGUAAACUUCUGACCUUGCAUAAUAUUGGCAGGAAUGUUUUAGGAGUUAUUAACAUAUAGGAGGGGGAGCACUUGAAGCCACCAAAGUAAGCUUUUGAACUCCAAUUAUUAAGUCACCUUCCCAUAGAAGUUCCCCAAGCAAAGCCACAACCCUCCUCUGUUUCAACAGUGCUACAUCAACCUGUACCUUUUUAUCAGUCAGUCCUAAGAGGACCUCUACUGACUGACUUUUGUCUCGCAGAGUUAGGCUGGCUAAACGAAGAAGCCAGUGCUACUGGAGCCUGCUCCCAAAUACACGAUUAGUCCCUUUAGGCAGAAUUCCCCUCAGGAACAGGUACUCAACUGGUUCUGCCCCACAGAUCAAGAUUUAUGACACUCAGAGUCCCAUCCCGCUUACCCAAAGCCUCUCUUGUAGGAGAAUGCCCUCCCUGUGCAAGAUUUAGCUGGAAGGCUGCAAAGAGAGAGAUGACUGAACUAGAGCUCGGUGGCAUGUAUCCCACCUGCAGGCUACAUACUGAGAAUCUUUUCAUUGGACUGAUCCAUGAAUCAUUUGGGGGGAGGUGCUGGAAACUUCCAGCCGUUAAGCAGGCCAGAGUUCUGUUCACUUUCCAGGGUACUCAAACACCGCAGCCGCUCCCAUCCCUGUUCCAAUGCACAUGGAGACCACGCCGUACCCUCUGAAAGGAGACAAGUUAGUGUCUAACUCUGUUUGCAUUCUCUAGUUUUAUCUGACAUGGUUUUAGAAGCAGACUACUUUUGAACUCAUACCCCGAUUGAUGGUCGCGCAGGUCAGAAUUUGCAACACAGACUAAAACCAGCUAACUCUUCUGCCCUACAUGACAACUAGAAUAAGUGGCACAACGGCAGCUGCAUGCAGAUCCAGCCACCUGAGAUACUUCAGCCCAGUAUUCCUAAACUGUGUGCUGCAAGAGCUAGAUUUAUUCAGAAGUACUCACCCCAGGGGCUGCCUGAUGUGCCUCUGUAUGAUUUACUGCUCAGACAUACCCAAAGCAGUGUAUGAGAAAAUGAGAGCAUGCACAUCUUGGCUAUCCAAAGAUCGGGGGAAGUUGCUUUCAAAAUCAUUUGAGUUACUGAGAUUUGGGGAGGGAGAGAGAAUUAGGUGUUCACUGCAGUAGAACCUAACAGUACACUUGGAUUGCAAGUUUAAGGAGAAGUGGCAGGGACCAAACUGUUGAAUUAUUGCCACAUGCAAUAACAAAGUCCUUUGAUGUGUCUUAAAUUUAUUUCUGCCAGUUAGAACUUGCAUAAGAGUUUUGCGAUAGUUGUAACUCCUGAACAAGUUCCGCCAGUUUAGAAACCACCUGCGCAACCCCUCCAGCUCUCUCUAGGGGCAUUAAAAACUAUGUCUUUCUUUGUUUAGCAACAUGCAACAUCAAUACAUACUUCAAAGUUAAGAGUUAAUGCAAGUGACUCCACACUCACCUCUUCCCCCUACGCUUCAGCUCGUUGAGCAGAGUGACCACCUGCCGCGCCCCAGUGCAGCCCAGAGGGUGCCCCAAAGCAAUGGCCCCACCAAGGGGAUUGACCUUCUCCAUGGGGAUGCCAAGCUUCUCCACACAGUAGACAGCCUGCAGAAACACCACAAGUCAGUGUCACCUCCACUUAGCCAGGUGGAUUCAGAUUCAACAUCUGAAUCUCCCAUCUUACACUUCUUAAGGAGAUUCAACAUUUUAAAUCAACUGAAUAGAGUUAUGCAAGUCACCCAUUCCUAGGUGAACACUAGAAUUACCUGAAUAAAGGCAUGACCAAAGAAUAUGAACACCCCCACUGUAUGCACUGGAUUUCUACUAUUCACACCACAUUAUAAAUGUCGAAGCUUUGGAAGGGAUGUACAGGAACUAUUAUGUGUGGGCCUGAGGGACUGGAUGCCCAUUAUCCAGGGGCUACGAGAACCUUAAAUGCAGUCCACCUCUUAAUUAUUGCAACUAGAAAGCCCUUAUUUUUUUUUUACAUUUUUCAUCUACCUAUCCAAGUUGCUUUUAAUACAGAUGCAUUGCAAGAGAAGUGAUGAGCCCUUUUGCUUUCACCUAAGCCUAUCACCUCCGGAAGAAACCUAAAUCCAUUUGGUCCCAAUACAGAGAAAAGGGCUUCUUCCUACCCCACCCUAAAAAUGAAGUGCAACAGAAUGGGCAAAUCUCACCUGACUAGCAAAGGCCUCGUUGAUUUCAAAUAUGUCAAUAUCUUUCACAGUCAAACCUGCAUGUUAGAGCGAGAGAAGAUGCCAAAGUAAGCCUUUCCAGUUAAUAUUCGUAACACCAUUGUUGCAAUUCAUUGUGAAAUUAGCCUGCUCCACCCUUUCAGUGUUUGACUCAUCCCCCCAAAAGAUAUGGGAGGGAAAUAUGAAUAUGGGGUGGGGGAGAGAGAGAAUGAACUUGGGGAGAAAGAGGGAGAAAUAUCUGUGAAGUGUGUGUGCAAGAGUUAGAGAUGCUUGUGUGUCCAUGGUUUGUUUGUGUGAGGUAUGUGCACGAGAGUGAGUGAAAUACAGUCACCUUUUGUAUUUUUCCUGGUACUGGUGAAUUCUCCCUGUUACUAGGUAUAAGUGGCAUCAGAGUUUGUGUUGAUGAAAUUAAUAUUCGUGAUCCCCACCCAUCAGGACAUAGUGGACUUUCUACUGCAAGCCUCAGGUUUUCUGGGUGGGGGUGGACAGCAGCAAAGACCAUACCCUCUCCAUUUUGUGUGUCAUGCCAUGCUCCACAGCAGCCCUUUUGCAACUGGUGCCCACAGCACUUACUCAAAAUCCAAAAAGUGCCCAUUGGCCCCAAAAGGCUGGUAACCCCUGGCCCGAGGUUAACUUACCAGCCUUUUCCAACGCCACCGGAAUGGCAUAGGCUGGUCCAAUGCCCAUGACAUCGGGCGGAACGCCAACUAUUGCACACGACCUCAGCACCCCAAGGAUGGGAAGGCCCAGCUGGGCAGCUCUGGAACGUUUGGCCAGGAGAAGCGCAGCAGCGCCGUCACUAACUUGGCUGGAAUUACCUGUGGCAAGAGAUUUCACAUGCCAGAGCAAGGUUUCAGCAUUGUGAGGCACGUUUAGUUACACAGAAUGCUGGCAAGCCCAGCACAAACCUGUUAUGACAAAACUCUACCAGAGAAAAAAAGAAAAGAUUCAGACUGUCUGUUCCCAGCCAUUUGCAGGCCUAAGUUAAUGAGGUCAUGGGUGAUCUUUGACACAGAAAUCCAGCAACAUUAGGCAUUUGUUUGCAGUGACUAUGACUAAUACUGAUGGCAGCUAUUCAGAGCAGGACUAACAGCCUUCAGAGAGGAUCAAUAUACCACUUACUAUUUUUUUUUAUUUUUGCUGGUCUCCAAUGUGGGAAUCAUAGAAACUGAUACUGAUUGAGUACUGAUUGGCUGCAGAACUCUGCAAUGUUCAGGAAUUGUUGCCUAUGCCUUCCCAUCUAAUCUGUUUCUUUCCCACAACCCCGCUUCAAACAUGCACACAAGCUUCCACCAUCAAUAACCCGUUUAAGAGCAACUUUAUCUGUUUCCUUAAUCAUAAUAAAAGAAACAGCCUAGUCCAGAUUAUGGGUAGAAAGGUGCCUUAUACCAGGUCAGAUGAUCUGCCCAUAGAACCCAGUAUUGUCUACUCUGACUGGCAGUGGCCUUUCCUAUUAAGAUGGAGAUGCUUGAGUCUCCAGCUGUUUUGAGCUACAAUUCCCAUCAUCCCUGACCACUGGUCCUGCUAGCUAGGGGUGAUGGGAGUUGUAGUCCAAAAAACAGCUGGAAACCUAAGUUUUGGAAUCUCUGCUCUUGAGUGUAAAUGAUGCAUUCCACCACUUAGCUAUGGCUCCUUCCAAAUGCAUGUCACGACUAGCUUCAUUAAUUAUUUCAAACUGGCUUUUCUUCCUUUGCUGUUAACAGGCACUUUGCAUCUUGCAGCUACUAAGCAUUAUGUAAAUAACAGCCAAAUCAACAAGACUGAACUGGCACGUGCAUAACUGCAAAUAGAGAAGACCCAUUGGCACAAAUUACAAAUGCCUCCAGUUGCUUCAUCUCCUGUUAAUUCGGCCUCUGCUCCUGGUACUUACCAGCAGUCGUGGUGCCAUUCUCCUUGAAGGCCGGCUUUAGCUUUGCCAACCCCUCCAGCGUGGUGCUUGGCCUGACCCCUUCAUCUUGGAGCACAGUGAUCGUCUUCUCUUGGCCCUGGUCAUCCGUGAAGGUGGUGGUGACAGGGACAAUCUCAUCUUUAAACCACCCCAUCUGCUGGGCUCGAGAUGCUCUGGAAGCACAAAUGUACUUUUUUGCACAACAUUUUUCACGACGUGGCUGUGUUCUAAGCAACAGGGUGAAGCCACAAAAUAAGAUUGUGCCUUCCACAAGCCAAAUGAAAGACAUUUAAAUGAUGUCACCUAUGUUAGCACAGGAAGGGAGCAGGAGGAGUUGUCCAUGCUUGCUUUAAGAGGAGUCCAAGCAAUGUUUGCUGCUCUGGGACCCCUUCCAUUUGAAUGCAAGGUUUCUGCUCAUUUCAGUGGUGUUUCAUGAGGAUAUUUAUGUGAGACUGAGAUAGACCUGACUUUAGACAAACACACUAUUCCUAGUCUCAAGCAUUGGCACUUGAGAUGCUAAACUAUGGCAAUUGAUUAGAUGAUCCAUGACCAUUCGAGCCUGCACAGGUUCCACAAAGCUCUUCCAUCCGACAGGAUGACACGUUUGCAUCCAAACCUAAGACAAACACAAACAGGUCUACAAACUUUUACAGCCCUGCACUGCAGCAAAGAGUGAUCCGUUAAGAUUACUGACUUCCAUGUUCUGCAUACAAGCCACAACUUGCACCAUAGCAUCUGCUCAUGCAAGGCAAGAUACAAAACAUUUGUCUUCCUAGGCAGAACUGAAAGAAUUCAAUUAAAUGGAAACAAAAAAAAAUUCCUUCCAGUAGCACCUUAGAGACCAACUAAGUCUCUAAGGUGCUACUGGAAGGAAUUUUUUUGUUUCGUUUCGACUACGGCAGACCAACACGGCUACCUACCUGUAACUUCAAUUAAAUGGCUCAAAGGUACAGUCAGAUCGAGCUGCAGAACCCAAAUGACAAUAUCUCACUUUUGGAGAGUAGGUGCACUGCAUUCCUGUGCCUGCAGAGCAAGCAGCACCGCAUGAAUCAAGCCAGCUAAGCCACACAACGUUUGACACACACCAGAAAAGGCCAUAAAUCAGCAGUAAAGCCCAGGUCCCUCCCAAGUCCUUAGUACAGUUGGGAAAGAGCUAUGCUUGAAGCCCGAGAGAACCAGAUUACUGAGCUGCCAGGACCAAUGGAAUGACUCGGUGUGAAUGCAGUUUCUGGAGUUCCUACCAGAACAAGUCAAACUGAGGAGAAAGGG